AUGAGCUGGGAAGAUCUCUGUAACGAAGCCCGGGCUAAAAGGUACUCACUCAUCCCGAGGGAAUGGAUCAUUGACGAAUCUGAGCAAGUGCCAACAAAUGUUGUGUCUAUUCCUGGAAAGUACCUGUCAGAGAACGAAGUGGAGAUAACACAGGCUUCCACGGCCACAAUCCUCCAUAACAUCCACAGAGGCCAAUGGUCGGCGUAUUGCGUUGUAAGUGCAUUCUGCCAUAGAGCAGCCAUCGCUCAACAGCUGGUGAACUGUCUUUCCGAGAUCCUUUUUGAAGAGGCGUUGUCAAGGGCAAAACAGUUGGAUGCAAUUUUGGCUAAUACAGGUAAAGUGGUGGGCCCAUUACACGGGCUACCAUUUUCACUAAAGGAUGAGUUCGACCUCAUAGAUGUGAGAACUACACUCUGUCUCGUAUCCAAAGCAAACGAUGAUCCUUCCUCUGUAUCAUCCCCAAACAUCCAGAUUUUAGUGGACCAAGGCGCCAUACCAAUAGCAAAGACAACAACGCCGACGGCAGUGUACAACAUCGAAACAGCAUCCAACCUGUUUGGACAGACACUUAAUCCUUACAACACAAACUUUUCAUCCGGUGGAUCUUCAGGCGGUGAAUCGGCACUGUUGGCACUUAGAGGUUCACCCUUGGGCGUUGGCUCUGAUCUUGGGGGAAGCAUUAGACAACCAGCAUCGGUUACAGGGAUCUACGGGCUAAGAAUGACGACACAGAGAACGUCACAUUUGUGUUUACAGUCACCUGUUCUCGGAAUUGAAAGCUUGAAGCCCACAAAUGGUCCGAUGGCUAACGACGUGUUUUCAUUGGAGCUUUACGCAAAGGCCAUGGCGAACGAAGCAUGGAAGCACGACAUCAAUGCUGUCAAUAAACCAUGGGAAAUUUUUGAUAGCAAGGGCCAUUUCAAAUUUGGCUAUGUCAUGGAUGCUGGCCCUGUGCAGUUAACACCUCCAGUUAAAAGAGCAAUGCUUACGCUGGUUCAGAAACUCCAGGCUGCUGGCUUAGAAUGCGUACCAUUUGACACAGCAAUCAUUGAAGAGAUCGCUGCAUAUGCUGCUUUUAUGGAAAGUUCUGGCAACAAAAGGGUCAUUGAAGAAUGCUUAAAGUCUGGGGAACCAGUUAAAGCCCUGUCAUCAUGGCAAGCGGCCAGGGAUAUUCCAACUUCAGAGAUGUGGGUUGCUCAAAGUGAAAGGACAAAGUCAAUAAACAGGUUUUGGAAGCUCUGGCAAUCCAGUGGACUAGACGGAUUAAUUAUGCCAGUUAGCCCUCACGCAGGCUUUAAAUUUGGGGAGUUCAAAGACGUGUGCUAUUCACCAUUCGCCAACGUUGUCGAUUUCCCUGCUUGUACGUUCCCAGUGCUUACAAGUGAUAGAUCCAUUGACGUUGCUGAUGAUAGCUCCACUUCGCCUUGUUACGAACCGGCAGAGAGCGAUGGAGUUCCUGUGGGCGUACAGGUUCUUGGUCCACGCUUAGAAGAAGAAAAGGUAUUAGCGAUGGUGACGGUCUUGCACGACAUGCUCUCAAAGUAA